AUGUCCACCUUACCGACGCCCUCCGAGCGCGAAAAAGCCGACACCGAGCUCAAGGCGAAAGAGGCCGAGGAGCAGGGCAGGCUCCCCUACAAAUGGACCCAAACAAUCCAGGAUGUCGACAUUACCGUGCCUGUGGCCGGAAACCUUAAAGGGCGGGAUCUGGACGUCAAGUUCACGAAGACGAAACUCAAGGUGCAAGUCAAGGGCCAGGAGCCCAUCAUAGAUGGCGACCUCCCCCACCCGAUCCACGUAGACGACUCCACCUGGACGCUCGAGACGACGCCGACGGGCAAAGAAAUCUCGAUCCACCUCGACAAGAUCAACAAAAUGGAGUGGUGGGCACACGUCGUCACUACCGCGCCGAAGAUCGACACCUCGAAGAUCACGCCCGAGAACAGCAAGCUGAGUGAUUUGGACGGCGAGACGAGGACGAUGGUGGAGAAGAUGAUGUACGAUCAACGGCAGAAGGAGAUGGGGAAGCCGACGAGCGACGAGGAAAAGAAGAUGGAGUUGCUCAAGAAGUUUCAGGCGCAGCAUCCAGGUAUGGAGCGUCUGCGGGUUUAUCCUAAUCGAUGGAGUGGAACACUGACGGCAUGCAGAGAUGGAUUUCUCAAAGGCGAAAAUGGGCUGAACGCCGGAACGUGUCAACCACAUACGCGAUCCGACACGAUCAUAAUCCAACAUGCAUAG